AUGACCGAUCCCUUAUUUCCCCUAUUAAAACUACCGUAUCUUGGACAGAAGCUGGUUAUCAAAUUGAUGUCGAUUGAUGAACAACUCCGCUACUCCACCAUAUCCCAAAACACCUCACUAUUCCUCAAGAAUCUCCAUCUAAAAGUUGAUUUCAUCACUCUCCGUGUCACAAACGAGUUCAUCUCUAUAAUCAUGAACACCUCCUCUCACAUUUAUCAUCACUUAGCGCCAGCGUCUUAUUCUGAAAAGAAACACCAGAAACCACGCCUAUUUUUGGAUAUCCCUGUGACAGUGUUUGGUGGUGAUGAGUCUAUACUGAGAAAACCUGAAUGGAGCUUAAGGGAUUGGAGAGAAUAUCUGGUGAAGACUUAUAAUUGCAAGAAAUUUAAAUUGAAAGUCUUGUCAUGCGACUUUUAUGAUAUAGAAUCAGUGAUUGCACUAUUCAAGGGGUUGAAUGUAAUAGGAGUAGAAAUUCAGGACUCAAAUCAGGAAAAUGAUAGGAAAAUUUUGAAAAUGUUCCCGCCAAAACAAGAACUCGAGCUGGAACAUCCCCCGUUCGAGGGAUUUGUCCUGAUGAAUCUAAACCUGGAUUACUUGAAACUCGGAUAUUAUAUCGAAGUUACAGUGCACAAUUUGAUGAGGAUGAAGACUAAGAAUAUCGAAAUACGGACUUGCCAAAUGAGAACUGUAGAACUCAAUAAUUUUAUCAAGAAAUGGAUAAGAAUGGAAACGAAUCUAGAGUUGGAGACAUUGAGUUUAGUACUGAACAAGUGUCGAAUCGAUCGGAACCAAGUUUUAAACCGGAUCGCUCAUUUGGUGGUUGAACCGACUAAGAUUUUUACCUCGGAGUAUCCUACGACGUUGUGGGAAGAGUUGGAAUCGCCCAAGGAGCAAUAUGAGAUUAGAAGGGAGGAUGGAAAGAAAGCAACAAUCCAAUGGUUUGAGCCAAGAUUUGGUUAUGGGUUCAAACUUAUUGUUAGUCAGGAAUGA